GGUUGACGGGCGCGGAGCCGCUUUGGGGGCUGCGUCCGGAAGCGCUUUCCUUCUCAAGCAGCCACGCUUUUCGCGUGCUCGUUUGCGGGAGGGCGUGCUGUGGCGCUGCAGGCAUACUUCUCGACGCCUCCUGCUAGGACCCGGCCGCGGGGCCUCGGGCCGCGACCGGAAGUUCCUGAGCGGCGGCCCUGGCAGGCAGCUGUUUGCGCGCAGCGUGUGUGGCCGCGUGGGCCAUGGGGCGGCGGGCGCGGGGCCGGCGGCUGCAGCAGCAGGCGCAGCCCGAGGGCGCGGAGGACGGCGCGGAGGACGGCGGGAAGCGCGGCCCGACGGGCUGGGAAGGCGGCUACCCCGAGAUCGUCAAGGAGAACAAGCUGUUUGAGCAGUACUAUCAGGAGCUGAAGAUCGUGCCCGAUGGUGAGUGGGACCAGUUCAUGGACGCACUGCGGGAACCGCUCCCCGCCACGCUGAGGAUCACGGGUUACAAAAGCCAUGCAAAAGAGAUUCUCCACUGCUUGAAGAACAAGUAUUUUAAGGACUUGGAGGAUCUGGAGGUGGAUGGUCAGAAAGUGAAAGUUCCAGAGCCACUGAGUUGGUAUCCUGAAGAACUUGCCUGGCAUACAAACCUUAGUCGAAAAAUCUUGAGAAAGUCUCCACAGUUGGAAAAGUUUCAUCAGUUCCUGGUCAGCGAAACUGAAUCUGGCUAUAUCAGUCGGCAGGAGGCCGUUAGCAUGAUCCCACCACUGUUGCUUCAUGUUCAGCCACACCAUAAGAUCUUAGAUAUGUGUGCAGCCCCUGGAUCGAAGACCACACAGUUGAUUGAAAUGCUGCAUGCUGACAUGAAUGUCCCCUUUCCAGAGGGAUUUGUUAUUGCCAAUGACGUGGACAACAAGCGCUGUUACCUGCUCGUUCACCAGGCCAAAAGGCUGAGCAGCCCCUGCAUCAUGGUGGUAAACCAUGAUGCAUCCAGCAUACCGAGACUCACCAUAGAUGUGGACGGAAAGAAAGAGGUUCUCUUCUACGACCGGAUUUUAUGCGAUGUGCCUUGCAGUGGAGAUGGCACCAUAAGAAAGAACACGGACGUCUGGAAGAAGUGGAGCACUAUGAAUAGCCUGCAGCUCCAUGGCUUACAGCUGCGGAUUGCAACACGAGGUGCCGAGCAGCUGACUGAGGGGGGCAGGAUGGUGUACUCCACCUGUUCACUAAACCCCAUCGAGGAUGAAGCAGUCAUAGCGUCUCUGCUGGAGAAAAGUGAAGGUGCUUUGGAGCUUGCUGAUGUAUCUACUGAGCUGCCUGGACUGAAGUGGAUGCCUGGAGUCUCACAGUGGAAGGUCAUGACUCGAGAUGGGCAGUGGUUUGCAGACUGGGAUGAGGUUCCCCAGGGCAGGCACACCCAAAUUCGACCUACCAUGUUUCCACUGAAGGACCAGGAGAAGUUGCAGGCCAUGCACCUAGAGCGGUGCCUUAGAAUAUUACCUCAUCAUCAGAAUACUGGAGGGUUCUUUGUGGCAGUAUUGAUCAAAAAAUCUUCAAUGCCAUGGAAUAAACGUCACCCAAAGGUGCAGAGUAAGUCUUCAGAGAUCAGAGGGACCACACAGCCAAGCCCCAUGACCACCACAGAGGGGAAACCCUGUGACCCCUCCGAGAUGGAAAGUCAGAUGGUCACUGAAACUGUAGACACAGAAAUAAUGUGCACAUCGGAGAACAUGGAGCACAAGAAAGACGGCGUGUGUGGGCCUCCUCCUUCCAAGAAAAUGAAGUUAUUUGGAUUUAAAGAAGAUCCAUUUGUAUUUAUUCCUGAAGACGAUCCAUUAUUCCCACCUCUUGAGAAGUUUUAUGCUUUGGAUCCUUCGUUCCCGAAGAUGAACUUGUUGACUAGAAGCACAGAGGGGAAGAGGCGGCAGCUGUACAUGGUUUCCAGGCAGCUGAGGAACGUGCUGCUGAACAACAGCGAGAGGAUGAAGGUUAUUAACACAGGGAUAAAAGUCUGGUGUCGCAAUAACGGUGGUGAGGAGUUUGAUUGCGCUUUCCGUCUGGCACAGGAGGGGAUAUAUACGUUGUAUCCAUUUAUUAAAUCAAGAAUCAUUACUGUAUCACUGGAAGAUGUGAAGGUACUGUUGACCCAAGAGAACCCAUUCUUUAGGAAAUUCAGCAGUGAGACAUUCAGUCAGGUCAAGGACCUGGCCAAGGGGAGUAUUGUACUGAAGUAUGAACCGGAUACUACGAAUCCAGAUGCCCUGCAGUGUCCCAUUGUGCUGUGUGGAUGGCGGGGAAAGGCUUCCAUUCGAACUUUUGUGCCCAAGAACGAGCGGUUUCAUUAUCUCAGGAUGAUGGGGCUAGAGGUGCUGGGCGAAAAGAAGAAGGAGGUCCUUGCCACCAAGGAGAGUAUGGCCAGCUCUGAGCAGCCUGAGGAUGAGGAAGGUGCCCAACCCACAGCAGAGGAGGCCAGUGUCCCAGAGGCUGGCAUCCCAGACAGCCCAGCCUGUGACCCGGCUGUGGCUGAGCCACCCCGCCGGUGAGCUCACCCCACACACUGACCUGACUUCUACCACACUUGGUGUUGGGGAGCAAAUCCAGGAUCCCCGGAGCCACAGUUUAUAUUUUUAAAACCUGGAAAUGGGAUGGUAGCAGUGGCAGCGAGGGAGCUGGCCAGAAGAAUUUUGUAGGAUUUAGGGACUGGCCACAUGUGAGUUUUGGCAGAGUGGGGUCAGUGUGUCUGCCGUACAGACUGAAGAAAACCUGUCCCCUCAGAAUGUCAGAUCCCGUGUUAGGCCUGCACUGGCCUUAAGGUGUAGUUUUUUUUAAAUUAUUUAUAGGAGAAGCUGCAGCUCCUUGUGGGAUCUUGGGGAACUGCUCUACACUUUAAUGAUGGAUUGGGUUGCACACGAAUGCGACCUUGACUUGCAGUGAUGCUGACACCUGAGGCCUCAGGUGACUCUGUGCCUUUGUAAUGAAAGACGAAGCAAGCUUUCCCAGAGAGGGCUUUGUGGCACUUGUGAUGCCAGUUUGGGGGACCCUUUUGUGCUUUAAUUCUGGGGGUGCUUUGCAGUUUUAUUUUUAAAUGGGGUUGGGAUUGCUUGGGUAAUUAAAGAACUGUUACGAUAAUGA